GGCGGAGCUAGAUUUUGAACAGAUGGCGGGAAGGCCUCUAAUUUCCUAUCUGGGCCUGUAGGGCAAAGAAAGGCUGGACGGCUUGUUUCCUGCUUGAAUUGCAGGCCGGCUCCAUCUCACUUUCUCCGACGCCGAUGGCGAAACAGCAAAGCCGGGAGCAGGGCAUCACCUUGCGGGGCAGCGCCGAGAUCGUGGCGGAGUUUUUCUCCUAUGGUAUCAACAGUAUCUUAUAUCAACGUGGGAUAUAUCCUGCUGAAACAUUUACACGUGUUCAAAAAUAUGGGCUUACCAUGCUUGUUACUGCGGACUCUGAGCUUAAAAAUUAUCUGAACAAUGUUGUAGGACAACUGAAAGAAUGGCUGUCUGAAUGCCUAGUUCAGCGGCUGGUGGUAGUGAUCUCUAGUAAGGAAACCACUGAAGUUCUUGAAAGAUGGCAAUUUGACAUUGAAUGUGAUAAAACUGCAAAAAAUGAGAAUGCACCAAGACAGAAAUCUCAGAAAGCUAUACAGGAUGAAAUCAAAUCUGUUAUCAGACAAAUAACAGCCACAGUGACAUUCCUUCCUUUGUUAGAAACUACCUGUGCAUUUGAUUUGCUCAUUUUCACAGACAAAGACUUGGCCGUUCCAGAAAAAUGGGAGGAAUCAGGACCACAAUUUAUUACUAAUUCUGAAGAAGUCCGCCUUCGUUCUUUCACAACUACAAUACACAAAGUUAACAGUAUGGUGGCCUACAAAAAGGACACCUUGCUGUGAUUUAGUAAAUAGCAUUGUAUAUGUGUCCUUUUGUAAGAUUCCUUACCCAAUAGUAAUUAAGUUUGCUUUUUUAAAGUAUCAGCUGGGUUAUCUGAAUUGAAAGAUCAUCUUGUAAAUAUACAGUAUUAUGACUAGAAUCCUGUCCUUUCAAUAUACAACUGAAUUCUGUCAGUGGUUUCUACGUAAUAGAAUUUAUAAUGUAAAUGUCAUGUUUUAUUAAAAAAAAUAAUGUGCAUGUAGUUUUCAUUUGGUCUUGUCAUUCUAAUUAGUGAAGUAUCUAUUUGCUUGUGAAAGGAGGUGUAUUGCAAAUAAACUAUCUGAUUUGCAUAUUGGAUACAAACACAUCCCGCAAGUUAGGAAUGUAUCUUUUGAAGAUGUUAUGAAUAAAUAUAGCAGUGGUGACUGCUGCUCUAGGGCAAACAGGACAAUUUUAGCACAAGUGAACAAAAUGGAGACUCAAGGUGAUAAAGUAAUUUGUUUCAACUGGAAUGGAAUAAAUCUAUCUGAUGGAUAGAUUCUAUAUGAAAAGUGACAAAAACUGCACUUUUCAGGAAUCGAAAGAUUCUGAAUGCAAUUUUUGGUAACCCUUACUGUACCUUCCUUUAGAUUCAAAGGGAAAAAGAUGUUGUGGAACAUGUGUGGUAUCCAUGGACCCAGCUUCCUUUUCCCUUUAAAUCUGAGUAUUGCACAGCACUACUACUACCUUCAAAGCCCCCAAGAAUCUGCCUCCCAGAUCAUUUUUUGUCCAUGAAGUGUAGGGUCAGAUUUGCCAUUUGUAGAGUUAUGAAAUCGAAGGCAGUAUGUAAAAUUUUACAUCUAAAAUGCAACUUUUUAAAUUUGCCACACUGGUUGCUACCCAGUGUUGUCUAUUAUAAUCAAGUGUUAAUAACUUUUUCUAAGGCUACUGUAGUUAUGUUUACUGGUGCUUUAACAGUUCUUGAACUUUCCACCAGAUGCCACUCCUAUACAGCUAAGGGUAAUAUGGCUGUUGAUAAGCAGUAUAAACUAUCAGAAAUUACACAUAUAUUUUGAAUUCCGGUUUUACAUCAAAUACAAUUUUAGCAAACCUGAUGAACAUGAAGCAUUACUUUGAAAAAGGUUGAAGUUUUUAUCAACUCUACCUCCUUGGUAGCGGAAGGUCCAAGUCACCAAAAGCAAUUUUCAAUAUGCAGGAUUGAUAGACCAGCCUUGCCUUUUCUGGAUUUUGUUUCACUGGACUCCAGAACCACCAAAACACUGUAUUUUGGUUUUGCCAAACAGAGUCAAAAGUAGUUCUGCAGAACUUCUGAAACAUAAUGGCUUGCUCUGGAUUCAAAAUAAAGUUUUCUAUUUUGUGCUCAUCCCUGAUUCAACC